CUAAGCUUGUUGCACGAUCAAUUCACUGCACCUAAAUUAUUUCCUCCUACGAAUACUUUGUACAGUCACAUUAUUAUGGGCGCAUCUGCGCUUUCCUUCCCGUCGACUGCCGCAAGUGCUGAUUAAGGGACUCUCAAUCCAGGCAAAACAAUGAGCCAGUCGUAUUUCGCUGGGGAAGGCUCCUCGCGCAAUUCCCAGGACAAGGAUGAAUCAGACCACAACAACCACAACGACGAAAUGACAUCGCCCGCCCCCAUACACCCUCCCUCUUAUCGACCGCAAUACAUGACUGUAGGCUCGGGAGGGCAGUCGUCACAUGCUGCGGCGCUGAUGGAACAGCUGGAGCGAGAUUCGGGAUACGGUAGUAUGCCCGGAGACGUGCAGCAAAAUGGUGGCGAGAUGAGGACAUGGCAAGACGAACUCUUACGAGAUAGGCCGACACCCGCACACACGCCCCAGGUCGAUGGACAUCCCGCGAAGAUGUCUGACAACGAGAAGCGUGCCCUUGCAAGCCAUGUCCAUCAACUCUACUACAACCAGAACCGAGUCGCCCUAGCGAAGGCCAUCAGCCAAACCGUCGAAUUGUUAAAACAACUGCAGGAGAUGAAUGCACAAUGGCCGGCGCAUUACCCAUCAGUCCAGAAGAGGGAGGAGGAGAAACAGCCACACAGACCGGGACUGAUGCAAGCACAAUCGACAAGAGACCAGGCUGAUCUGUCGAGGGAAUCGUUCCUCAAGAAUCGUCCUGGAGGACCAAGACGAGCAGGCACGUCCCUUGGAGAAGAUACCACAGGAGAAUCCAGUGCUCAGGCGCAGCAGAGGAGAACCCCCGAACCACGAUUGAUCACCCCGCAGAUCGCUCAGGAGUUCUCAAUCCUCAAGCUGGAUCUGAAGGUCGGGGCAUUGUCACAGACCGAGUUGGUCCAUUCGCUGGAGAAGAAAUCGAUCGCAUCGUUACUCGACGGAAAGAUCGGCCAAAGCGUACGCCACCUGCUUGCCCUUCGUGACCGGAUAGAGGACACUUCAAGCAAAGUGUUGGUGACGGGUGAUCUCAAUGCUGGCAAAUCAACAUUCUGUAAUGCGCUGUUACGGCGGAAGAUUCUACCAGAAGACCAACAACCAUGUACAAGCAUAUUCUGCGAAGUGCUCGAUGCCAAAGAGAACGGCGGACACGAAGAAGUGCAUGCCGUCCACAAGGAUUCGGUGUACAACCGAAACGACGAGAGCACUUACGACGCCUACUCUCUCCAGGAUCUGGAAAAGAUCGUUGUCGACAACGACCGGUAUAUGCAGUGCAAAGUCUACGUUAAGGAUGUCCGGAGCAUUGAUCAAUCAUUACUCAACAACGGCGUCGUCGACAUUGCACUGAUAGAUGCACCUGGUUUGAAUUCGGACUCGGUCAAAACGACAGCGGUAUUUGCUCGACAGGAGGAAAUCGACGUGGUCGUCUUUGUGGUUUCUGCGGCCAACCAUUUUACCCUCUCAGCCAAGGAGUUUAUAUGGCAAGCCGCACACGAGAAGGCGUACAUCUUCAUGGUGGUCAACGGGUUCGACAAUAUUCGAGACAAGGAGCGAUGCCAGAAGAUGAUCCUCGAACAACUCGCCAAACUCAGUCCUCAGACGUUUAAAGAGGCGCAAGAGCUGGUACAUUUUGUAUCCAGCAAUGCCGUUCCAACACAGCCAUCGCUGCCUCCAAAUGGGGGCGAUGGAGGUGGCAGCGGGCCAGGACCUUCGAAUCCCCCUGAUGGCGACGAUGGCGAUGACGAUGCAGGAAAGGGCAAGGGCAAAGACAAGGAGAAACUUCGUGAUUUUGAUAUCCUAGAAGGAGCGCUUCGUAGGUUUGUGUUGGAGAAGCGAGCUCGGUCGAAGUUGGCACCAGCAAAGACAUACCUGAUGAACUGUCUGGGCGAUAUGAACGUUCUGGCUACCGUGAACAGGGAUGUCGCACAAGCUGAACUAGACCGAGUCUCAAAAGAGCUGUCAGAGAUUGAGCCUGAAUAUGAAGACAAACAAAAACAGCGGACCGCCGUCUCGGAGCAGGUCGAGAAAGAUGUCGACUCGACUGCAUCAGAAGUGUACAAUCACACCAGGUCGACCUUGUCAUCUACGAUCGCGAAUGUCGGCAAAGAAGAUCACGGUGUGGAAUAUCCCGGUCUAUUCUCAGCAUUCCAGUAUGCAGAGGAUCUUCGGGUUGCUAUGCUCGACCAGAUCUCGGCAGCGGUUGCGGAUUGUGAAGCUUAUGGUCGGGCGAGAACUGUCCAAGGUGUUAGCAUGAUCAAAUCGCUUGGAUUGCUACAUGUUGGUGAGGGCUAUGAGAACCUCAAUUUUCAGGCGGACAAAAUGUUCCAGCGGCGGAAGGAUGCCCUUGUGCGAUCCGUCGACACGGAUGUUGAGAUCUGGGACUUUUUCGAUGUUGCUGGCCUGUGGGAGCGCCAGGAGAAGACAGUCGGCACCGGUUUGGCGCUAACACUCGUGGGUACGGUUGGCUCUAGAGCUGUCGGCGGUGUUGGCUGGAUUGAUGGUGCUUUUGGCGCAGCAAAGAUUCUCGGAAGUCGGAAUAUUAGGAGGCUGUUUGUGCCUGGUGUUGUUGCAGCUGCCGUUUUCACCGUCGCUUAUAUCCUGUCCACUAUUCCACAGACACUACCACCACGACUCGCAUCGAAACUCUCCGUCACACUUGCACAAAUGGAUUACACGCACAGCAACGCCAAUCGCAUUGCGGCAGAGGUGCGGCGGGUGCUGCGCUACCCAGCGCAACGGCUGACGACCGACCUCGCUCAAGGGGUUGAGGAGCUUAGGCAGAAGAAAGAAGAUGUGACCAAGACCAAGCGCGAAAGCGAGGUGGCUAGGAAGUAUUUCGGCAACCUCGUCCGAGACUCGUCAGAGACUCGUCGCAGGGUUUCUGGCAUUGAUCUCGAAGGUCCGCCGGGUGCUGUUGGGGCUUAUGCUUGAAUGGAAGGGAAGACUGAGCUGGCAUGUCGUAUGAAUUCUAAUGGAAAACGAGCCUGUGUGCUGCCCGCCUGGUCGUGUAGGCCUGUUUUAUAGUUCUCCACUUGCUCUCACAUAGCAUAUACCUAGGUUAUCCUCGGCCACGGGAUUCAUGAAACAAUUAGCGAUUAUGAAAUGCAAUGUACGCACAAUUGCAUCCUUGAA